GUGGGAUGGACGUCAAAGUUUUCAAAUUGGAAGGGAGGAAGAUGUUGGGUGGUGGCAUUUAAUGCCCUUAUCCAACAGAUGAGACACGGCCAACCUAAUUCCCAAGCCUAGUAUUCAUAUAUUUAUGAAGAUGACGGGAAGCGGUGUGAAUGGAAUGAUCGGCAUGGAAGGGGGUAGGGUGGAGGAGAGCAUAGGGGAGCUGAGACGAACCUUCAGAAGCGGAAAAACCCGAAGCGCUGCUUGGAGAAAAGCCCAGCUUAAAGCACUUCUCCAGCUGCUCCGCGACAAUGAAAAUAAGAUCUUCGAAGCGCUUAAACAAGAUCUUGGAAAGCAUCCUGUGGAAUCUUACAGAGAUGAGCUUGGGGUUGUGGAAAAAUCUGUCAAGUAUUCUUUGAGCCAUGUGGAUGAAUGGAUGGCCCCCAAAAAGAGCUCAUUGCCCUUGAUUUUCUUCCCAGCAAAAGGACAAGUGCUGCCCGAACCACUUGGCCUGGUUCUCAUAUUCUCGUCUUGGAACUUCCCCAUCUCAAUGUCAUUGGACCCUGUGAUAGGAGCAAUAUCUGCAGGGAACUCCGUGGUUUUAAAACCUUCUGAGCAAGCCCCAGCAUGCUCUUCCUUUCUAGCAAAUACCAUCCCUCUUUACCUGGACAGCAAAGCAUUUAAAGUCAUUGAAGGCGGAGCAGAAAUCAGCCAACAAUUACUGCAGCAAAAAUGGGACAAGAUUUUCUUUACUGGGAGUCCAUCAGUGGCACGCAUUGUCAUGUCAGCUGCUGUGAAGCAUUUAACGCCUGUUACUAUAGAGCUGGGUGGGAAAUGCCCUACCAUCUUUGAUUACCUUUCCAGCCCUUCAGAUACAGAGGUCGCUGUUAAGAGGGUAGUUGGAGGAAAAUGGGGGCCGUGCAAUGGGCAAGCCUGCAUAGGGGUCGAUUAUGUGCUUGUGGAAGAAAAGUUUGCCUCUCAUCUGAUUGAAAUGCUGAAGAAGACCAUCAAGAAAUUCUAUGGUGAAAACCCCAAACAAUUGAAGGACAUCUCCAGAAUUGUCAAUAAGCACCAUUUUCAGAGAUUGCGCAAUCUUCUUAAAGAUCCUCUUGUGGCGGCUUCCAUAGUUCAUGGCGGCUUAAUAGAUGAAGAGAAAUUAUUCAUCGAGCCUACGAUCUUGUUAGAUCCUCCGCUUGAUGCCGAGAUCAUGACAGAAGAAAUCUUUGGCCCACUGCUUCCAAUAAUCACACUGAAAAACAUAGAAGAAAGCAUUGAAUUCAUAAACUCAAGGCCCAAACCCCUAGCCCUCUAUGCCUUCACCAAUGAUGAAGCAUUCAAGAGACGGAUUCUAUCAGAAACAUCUUCAGGAAGUGUGACUUUUAAUGAUAUCAUGAUUCAGUUUAUUUGCGACACGUUGCCCUUUGGAGGUGUGGGACAGAGCGGGUUUGGGAGGUAUCAUGGGAAAUACUCAUUUGACACUUUCAGCCAUGAAAAGGCAGUUCUGCGGAGAAGUUUUUUCCUUGAACUUGAGCCCAGGUUUCCUCCAUGGAAUGAUUUCAAGCUAAAAUUCAUCAGAUUGGCUUACAGCUUUGACUACCUUGGACUAAUACUACUCUUGUUGGGGCUAAAGAGAUAGGAGUGAGAUGGAGAAAGCUUUAGCCCCAAAUAGCAAACACCAGUGCCUUCCAGUUGUAUUCCUGUAUUCACUGUCUACUUUUAUACCCCAAAUCAUGGCAUUGCUUAUAAGUUUUACUAUGUUACAAAUUUGAAAAAUGUUCUCUAUAGCCUUUGGGGCCCAAUUAGAAAUUGCAAUAAAUUAUGUUGUCUUUCCUGAUGGUUUAAA